CGACGACGACGAACCUCUCCCAAGUGAAAGUUGGCCCGUCCACCGCGAGAAGCCCUGUCACGAUGACCGCCAUGAAGGAAAACCUCAACGCAGUAUUUGAUCCCGCCGGGAACGGCUUGUCCGGAGACAUCCUCGGCGUCCUGGAAUCGAUCCUGCGCGUCCACUCUCUGACCCCGGACGAGCUGUUUAUAAAAUGGGAGGUAUAUUGCUUGAAGAUGGGGAGCGAAGAGACAAAGCUGGACAUCGAGACAGCGCGCAUGUUUGCAAAGGACGUACAAGACUCGGUUGAGAGAGGCGAGCGGGCCCAACACACGGCCCCGAAGUCUGCGGUGAAGUCGGAAAGGAAAAGUCUGGUCCAUGCUACACCUAGGACCGUGGGGACUUCAGACGUGUUCGGGAUGCUAGACGAGCUCACUCCCAAUGCUAUCUCAAGGCGAAACGGAAGUGUCAAACGAAAGGCAGAUUUCGACUCGCCAGUGCCUAGGAAAGUCAGCCGUCCGGAAACCACAAACAGGACGCCGGGUAAGGCUGGAAAAUUAGAUACAUCCGCAGGCAUACCCUUCUCAGAACGGCCGAACGCAGGACAAAUUAUCGAGACGUUGAACGAGCACCUCUCCGCCGCCGAAGCGCCAAUUGCUCCGUUCUCGCAGGCGCGACUGCGCUUGGUCUCUGGGACGGAAUAUAAAAAGUUUCAGUAUAAACCUAUGGCAAUGCGCCUUCGAGAGUCUUCAGAGGUGCUGGAUGAACGAAUCGAUGACUUCUUGGCUCUCGUCCAGAAAGCUCACAAUCUAGAAGACUCUGCAUUCGGGAAUGCUGCGGCACAGCGCACCAGUGAGAUCGUCGCAGUUGGCAGGAUUGCGUGCGAUACGGCCGAUGGCAAGCUCAAUUCGGCGUCACUCGUCUUGGAGAUGUCCAGACGAAUGGGUGCGGGACUCCGCGUGCCUCUUAAAGUGGACGGUCUUCCAUCUUAUCAGUUCUUCCCCGGCCAGAUUGUUGCAUUGCGAGGCACAAACGCGUCAGGGCUAUAUUUCACGGUCAAGGAAGUGCUCUCAGUGCCCAAACUCCCUAUGCCCUCCUCACUGCCGAGCAACAUCGAGGCGAUCAACGAGCGGCUUGAAGUGUCGGACAAUUCGAGCUCUCUUCCACUCAAUAUCAUGAUCGCCUCUGGUCCAUUCACGGCCGAGGACAACCUUGACUUUGAACCACUCCAAGCCCUAUGUGAAAAAGCCGAGGAAUCAAUGGCCGAUGCUCUCAUACUGGCUGGCCCCUUUCUCGACAUUGAGCACCCGAUGCUUGCAUCAGGAGAUUUCGAUUUGCCAGAGGUGCGAGGGAUGGAUCAUGAGGCCAGCCUGGUAGCCCUCUUCCGACUCUGGAUUUCCACGCCUCUACAGCGCCUCUGUUCUGCCGUCCCGGGCAUCACAGUGGUUAUGAUCCCAAGCACUCGGGACUUGAUGAGCAAACACGUCAGCUGGCCACAAGAAAGGCUGGCGAAGAAAGACCUCGCUCUGCCCAAGCAGGUUACCAUGCUUCCAAACCCGUCUUUCAUUUCACUAAACGAGGUUGUUUUUGGAGUCUCGUCACAAGACAUCCUGUACGAACUCAGCCGAGAGCAAUUGUCCCAUGGUCCUGGGCAAGAUCUUUUGACCAGAUUGCCUGGGUAUUUGAUCGACCAGCGGCAUUUCUUCCCGCUUUUCCCGCCCAUGCCAAGGGAUAAGCUGUCCAGUAACGGUGUGGUGAAAGCCACCGGCGCGUGUCUGGAUGUGGGAUAUCUCAAGCUUGGUGAAUGGAUGCAAGUCAAGCCUGACGUGCUCAUUCUACCGAGCAUGUUGACUCCUUCUGUCAAGGUCGUCGACAGCGUCAUGGUAAUCAACCCAGGACAACUGUCUAAACGAAAGGCUGCUGGGACGUGUUCCCAGAUCUCGCUGCAUCCGCGCAUGUUGUCCGAAGAGGAAAAGUCGGCCAGAACUGUGGCUCAUAAUGUCUUUGAACGAGGGAGGGUCGAUGUCAUAAGGAUAUAGUGGUUGGCCUCAUAGUGUUCCGCCCAUGGAGGUUUUGUUUUCGGCUGAUCCCGGGCGUCUAUCAAUACCAAUAAAAGUCGGGUGUAACGCUCCUGGGAUAUAAUGCCUGUCGUGUUUCUCAUGACCAAUGACCCCCAAUACCGAGACAGCGGC